CGACACGUGAGGUCGUUCUCUUUUUUCUGCGGCCAUCUUGGAAUCAGUUGUAGCCAAGGAACUGCUACAAAAAAACUGCCAAAAUGGGUCGAUUGCACGCACCAGGGAAAGGUAUUUCUGGUUCAGCUUUGCCAUACCGCCGAAGCGUUCCAACGUGGCUCAAGUUGACGGCAGAUGAUGUCAAGGAACAAAUAUACAAGCUAGCCAAGAAGGGCUUGACACCUUCUCAGAUAGGUGUUAUCUUGCGUGACUCACAUGGUGUGGCACAAGUACGCUACAUCACAGGAAACAAGAUUCUUAGGAUCCUUAAGGCUAAAGGACUGGCAGGAACCCUUCCAGAGGAUCUAUAUUUCCUCAUCAAAAAAGCUGUUGCUGUCCGCAAGCAUCUUGAAAAGCACCGCAAGGAUAAGGAUUCUAAAUUCAGGCUCAUCCUUAUCGAGAGCCGGAUCCAUCGCUUGGCUCGAUAUUACAAGACCAAGAGGGUUUUGCCUCCAAACUGGAAAUAUGAGUCAUCAACUGCCUCUGCAUUGGUUGCAUAAAGAAAGAUUGUAAACAAUAAUGAAAUAAAAUGGUCCUUUAGAGUUCACUGU